GCUUUUAUCAUGAAUCGUACCUUGGGGAUGGAGGCACAGGCUCGUCUCACAGACAUGUUGGAGAUCACUGCCCAGAGCCUGGUGCACAUGGAAGUAACCGAACAUUACCAAGUCAUCAAGGAGCUGGGCAAGGGGAAAUAUGGCCAGGUGGUCCUGGUGAUGCACAGGCAAAGAGGGACCCCCAUGGCUCUCAAGCUACUACCUAAAUCUAGCACCAAGCUCCAGAAUUUCUUAUAUGAAUACUGUGUGGCACUCUCACUUUCUGCACAUCCUGCCAUCAUUGGUAUGUUUGGCAUUGCUAUAGAGUCCAGCCAGCAUUAUGGUUUUCUCUAUGAAGCAGCCUUUCAUCGAGACCUUAUCUCCAUUAUCAAGCCCAAGGCAGGCAUUCCUGAGAAGGCAGCCAAGCUCUGCGCCAAGCAACUAGUGAGCGCAUUGGACUUUAUACACAGUCGGGGCCUGGUGUAUCGAGAUGUUAAACCAGAAAAUAUCCUGCUUUUUGACCGUCACUGCCACUGCAUCAAACUGACAGAUUUUGGAUUGACCCGACCUCAAGGCACUCUGCUGCAGCUUGUGACUGGGGUCAUCCCUUACACUGCACCUGAGCUGAGCCGUGGCACCACUGGCACCCCAGGCUUACCCAUCGAUGCCAGCCUUGAUGCCUGGGCUCUCGGGGUGCUGAUCUUCUGCCUGCUCACUGGCUACUUUCCUUGGGAAAAGACUCUGCCAGAGGAUUCCUUUUUUGAUGACUUUGUGAUAUGGCAAGAAUCAGGUUCAGAUGAAGAUCUGCCAUUUCACUGGCGUCCACUGUCUCAAGAUUGCAUUGCUAUGUUACAAAAUCUUUUAGCCCUGGAGCCUACUAAUCGUGGCCCCAUCCGCCAAGUACUCAGCUACCUGGAUCGGCCAUGGCGAGCAGAUGUGGCUGCUAAAACUGGCAUCUGAGCUGAAAUU